AUGUCUACUUUUGAUAUUUUUAAUCUUGAUUGUGCAGAGAUGAUUCCUAAUAUUAAUUGGGACUUACCUCCUAUUUAUGAUGUUUGCUCGGAUGAUUCGUUUAGUGAUGUUGAUAUUGAUGGUACUGAAAAUAUGGUUAAAGAUACUGACGAGGGAGAUAUAAGUGCUGGAAUUUUUUACUGCACUGAGGACGACAAAGAGCUUUCUACUGCUGCUAUCGAUGUUCAUCCAACUAUUUACGGUCGUGACACUUGUGUUGUUGAGAUUGUUAGGAAGUUGAUUCUGGCUGGGCACGACGUGUUCAUGGUCGUGGAACAACUAAGUGAAGAUAGAAACUCAAUUUUAUAUUUAGGACCGGACUAG